AUGACAAAAGUAAAUUAUAAUUUGUUAUUUUGUUUAAUUAUUAACAUUUUUUCUGGAUCAGGCAAAUCGACGUUAAUUCGUAGAUUAUUUGCAAAUCAUCCAGGUCGCUUUGGUUUUUCAGUUUCCCAUACAACACGACAACCACGUAUAACAGAGAAGGAUGGGGUACAUUAUCAUUUUACGACGGAUGAGAAUUUCCUUAAGCUUAUUUCUGAGAAUGCGUUUAUAGAAUAUGCAAAUUUUUCAGGAAAUAUGUAUGGUACAACAGUAAAAGCAGUAGAAGAAGUUAUGGCAAAAGGAUAUACAUGUAUUAUGGAUAUUGAUAUGCAAGGAGUUUUAUCGAUUAAAAAGGCCCCGAUAAGUGCAAAAUAUGUAUUUAUAGCGCCGCCGGACCUAGAGGUACUUGAAGAAAGAUUAAGAAAAAGAGGAACAGAUACAGAGGAUAGUAUAAGGGAACGAUUGAAAAGAGCCGCUUUUGAAAUGGAGUAUGCAAAAUGUCCAGGAUCGCAUGAUUUAGUUUUGGUGAAUGAUGAUUUAGAUGAGACAUAUAAAAAGCUAGAAAGAUUUUGCUUAGAAAAUGAAUUAUAA